AUGCGUCCUAGUCUUCUCUACUGUCUCUUGUUGUAUCUCUGUUCAUCACUCCUUGCCGGCCUGGUUGUGUCACCCUGUCCCAACGGCUGCUGCUGUCCCCAUUCUGGUGCUCUGGUUCUGUGCGAGUCUCUUGGUCUACAUACUCUGCCUCGCUCUGUCCCCCUAAGCACCGCCGUCCUCUCUGUAGCCCGGAAUCGGCUCUGCAACGUGGAUAAUGUGUUUCAACCGUACUCAGGCCUACAGGAACUGAGCCUCAGCCACAACCAACUGGUUCGUUUCCCUCGGGGGCUGCCGUCAAGUCUAGAGACCCUUCAGCUUCAAGAGAAUCAGAUCACCUACAUCACUGCUGGAUCUCUAAGGCAGCUUGGAAACCUCACACGCCUGGACCUAGAGGAUAACCGGAUACGAGCGAUUCAGCCAGGGGCGCUGCUAGGUCUGAGCAAACUGAGGAGGUUGACUCUUAAGGGGAACAGAUUGUCUCAUCUGCCACCUAACUUACCUUCUUCGCUGACACACCUCGACGUGUCGGCAAACUGCAUAUCUGCCCUAGAUUCGUCCUCGUUGGGUGCACUGGUGAACUUACAAGUGUUAAAGAUUAACAGUAACUGUUUACGCUCUAUACCCGAGCAGGCUUUUGAUGGAUUGUCCCGUCUCCAGUCGGUGGAGCUAGCCAAUAACCUGUGGGUUUGUGAGUGUGACAUUAUGUAUCUUUACAAGUGGCUUCUGAUGGACAGGUUACGGAUGGCAUCGGAUCUAGUAUGUACAACACCUUUGCACCUUGCACAGAAGUUGCUAUUAACUCUGUCGGUCAUGGCCAUCUGUCCAAAACUUUUUAAGCCAGCUGAGAGAACGUCAUCUUUAAAUACAAGCACAGAAACUGGAAAAGUGGUUGAAAGUCGUAUAGAACAGACUACAAGUACAUCGAUGUUGGUUAGAUCUGAUGUUGCAUGCAAUGCAAGUUCAUUUAGAUGUCAAAAAUCUUUGCCAGAGAGCACAAUACCAAGGUCCUUCUUUGGAUCAGACCAGCCCACUUUAGAGAGACUGAGCUACGAAAACUGUCUCUCGCUAAAUUUGACAUCUUUUAUACCCCCGUCUACCCAAGUACCCAGUAGUCCAGCCACAGAUGAGGAACCUGGUUGUGUGGAGAAUUCAACAGGUCGGCAACCAGGAUCAUUAACAACUACUCGUUCAAUGACCACAACUAGAGACAUCGAAUUCACUCCUCGGACAAUGCUGCAGUCCAGUGACCCAGUGCUCAUUGCGGUCCUGGCUGUUCUUUGUGUGCUUACAGGACUUCUUAUGCUCACAGUGCUUUUGGUACUGAAGAACAUCCUGCUCCGAAACUUGAGAGUUGCACCGUUUCCACAGGUUCAAGAAGACAUUAGCACACAUUCAUAA